GUCCUCCCGGCCGCCGUGUGGCGCUGUGCGAAAGUAGAGCAGGAAGUAGAGCAGCGUGGUAGACACCAACAUGUCUGCGCCGUGAAGGAGAGCAACAUAGCACAAGGAGCACCAGGACGACGAGCAGGCUCUCCACAUCUAGCAAGAUGUCGAAGAUCUCCAGGACAGCCAAGGCUGUGAAGAAGGUGGAUACAGCCGGCGUAAUCCGGGCUAUAGUGAGGUCGGGACAAGCGGCCCCUGGGCCCCCGCUGGGCCCCAUCCUAGGACAGAGAGGCAUCCCCAUCGGGCAGUUCUGCAAGGACUUCAAUGAGAAGACCAAGGAGCUGAAGGAGGGCAUCCCACUUCCCAUCAGGAUCAACGUGAAGCCUGAUCGGACCUACGACCUUCACAUUGGCAAGCCCACAGUCUCCUACUUUCUCAAGCAAGCAGCGGGCAUCGCCAAAGGUGCUGCCCAGACAGGCCACGAGACUGCAGGGAUGGUGACGCUGCGAGCGGUGUAUGAAAUCGCCCAGGUCAAAGCCGAGGACGAGUGCUUCAAAAUAAGGAACACCUCCAUGGAGAACGUGGUCAAGAGCAUCAUCGGGUCGGCCAAGACCCUGGGCAUCAAGAUCGUGAAAGACCUGUCAGCAGACGAGUACAAAGUGUUCCUGGAGCAGAGGGAGGAGAAAUUGCAAGCCGACGCGGUGGCGAGAGCUGAGGCGGAGGCUGAAGCUGCCGCGGCGACCAAGAAGAGAUCAGCACUCUGAAUUCUGCUGCAGGACAUGUUGGUUUGGGACUCUUCCACGGAACCUUAGUGACACCUAGCGGUGACAUGAAGUACUGCGCCUGUUGGGCCUGUUGAGCCUGUUGGGCCUGUGCUCUUUUACAUCCCUGCACCACGUGACCAUCCAUUCUUAUUUACAAUCAUUGUAUACAUGCUUUAUGAUCUGUAUGCUUUAUGAUUUGUAUGCCAGCACUGAAUAAACAGUCCAA